GGGUGAGUGACGUCACGGCGCACGCCGCAGCGGCCGCGGCAGCGCUAGUCGCAGCUCGUGGCGCGAGCUUCGGAGGGGGCCGGGGUCCUGGCGGCCGCCGCCCCGCGGUUAAAAAAAAGUAGCCGAGGUUUUACUGUAAUAACAGAUACUUCGUGGAAUCAAAGGCAGGGUCGAGUGCCGCAGCGACAACCCUAUGAUUUGCUCUGCCUGCAGCUGAAAUCAUUGCUAGUUGCAGUUUUGUUCAUAGUUUGCUGUGCUUCGCAGUAGAGUUUUUCAUGGAUCUCAAUAGUGCUAGCAGCGUCGUUUUGCAAGUCUUGACCCAAGCUACUAGUCAAGAUACUGCAGUGUUGAAGCCAGCCGAGGAACAGUUGAAGCAGUGGGAGACCCAGCCUGGUUUUUAUUCAGUUUUGUUGAACAUCUUUACAAAUCAUGCCUUGGAUGUGAAUGUCAGAUGGUUAGCUGUUCUGUACUUCAAAAAUGGAAUUGAUCGCUACUGGAGACGGGUCGCACCACAUGCUCUUUCUGAAGAAGAAAAAGUUACAUUGCGUGCUGGACUUAUCACCAACUUUAAUGAGCCAGUGAAUCAGAUAGCGACUCAGAUCUCUGUACUGAUUGCUAAAGUUGCCAGGGUGGACUGCCCAAGGCAGUGGCCAGAACUCAUACCCACUCUUCUAGAAUCUGUCAAAGUCCAGGAUGAUCUUCGACAACACAGAGCAUUACUUACCUUUUAUCAUGUUACAAAGACCCUGGCAUCCAAACGGCUUGCCGCUGAUAGGAAACUUUUUUAUGAUCUUGCGUCAGGUAUUUAUAGCUUUGCAUGUUCCUUGUGGAAUCAUCACACUGAUACAUUCCUACAACAAAUUUGUGCAGGGGAUGAAGCUGCAGCCACAAAUUCACUGGAAAGAACCUUGUUGUCAUUGAAAGUGCUUCGUAAACUGACAGUCCAUGGAUUUGUAGAACCUCAUUGGAAUGCAGAGGUGAUGGGUUUUCUACAUGCAGUGUUUGAACGGCUAAAACAGUUUUUGGAGUGCAGUAGAAGUAUAAGAGCCGAAAAUGUAUGCAGAGAUCGUCUAGAAAAGACCAUAAUUCUGUUCACUAAAGUGCUUUUGGACUUCUUGGAUCAGCAUCCUUUUUCAUUCACGCCUUUGAUUCAGAGGUCAUUGGAGUUUGCUGUAAGCUAUGUUUUCACAGAAGCUGGUGAAGGAAUUGUAUUUGAGCGGUUCAUUGUACAGUGCAUGAAUCUCAUGAAGAUGAUUGUAAAAAAUUAUGCUUACAAGCCAUCCAAAAAUAUUGAAGAUAGCAGUCCUGAUACUCUUGAAGCACAUAAGAUAAAGACAGCGUUUUUCACUUAUCCAACGCUAAUGGAAAUAUGUAGGAGAUUAGUCACUCACUAUUUCCUACUGACGAAGGAAGAAUUAAUGAUGUGGGAAGAGGACCCAGAAGGCUUCACUGUAGAAGAGUCAGGAGGAGAUUCUUGGAAAUACAGUCUCAGACCGUGCACAGAAGUUCUUUUUAUUGAUAUUUUCCAUGAAUAUAACCAGACACUUACACCUGUGCUUUUAGAAAUGGUUCACAGUUUACAAGGAUCUACCAAUGUGGAAGAUACCAAUGCUAUACUGAUUAAAGAUGCCGUGUAUAAUGCGGUUGGACUGGCUGCUUAUGAGCUGUUUGAUAGUGUGGAUUUCGGUCAGUGGUUUAGAAAUCAACUAUUAGCGGAACUACAGGUUUCUGAUGACAGAUAUAAACCAAUACGUCGACGAGUAAUAUGGCUGAUUGGACAGUGGAUCUCUGUAAAAUUCAAAUCAGACUUGAGACCUAUGUUAUAUGAGGCAAUUCGUAACUUGCUUCAAGACCAGGACUUAGUGGUCCGUAUCGAGACGGCUACAACACUCAAGUUAACUGUAGAUGUGUUUGAGUUCAGAACUCAACAGUUCUUGCCGUAUCUAGAAUGUAUGUUUACGCUGCUCUUCCAGCUUCUUCAGGAAGUAACACAAUGUGACACCAAAAUGCAUGUUCUUCAUGUCCUGUCCUGCGUGAUUGAAAGAGUCAGUGUGCAGAUACGACCACAUGUAGAAUGCUUGAUUCAGUAUUUACCACUCCUUUGGAAACAGAGCGAGGAGCACAAUAUGCUGCGAUGUGCCAUUCUAACCACCUUAAUCCAUCUUGUCCAGGGACUGGGAGCAGACAGCAAAAAUCUCUAUCCUUUCCUACUCCCAGUUAUCCAGCUAAGUACAGAUGUUUCUCAGCCUCCACAUGUCUAUCUUCUGGAAGAUGGUUUAGAGUUGUGGUUAGUGACAUUGGAGAAUAGUCCAUGUCUUACACCUGAACUCCUAAGAAUAUUUCAGAACAUGUCUGCCCUUCUAGAGCUGAGUUCAGAAAACCUCCAAAAUUGCUUUAAGAUCAUCAAUGCUUAUAUUUUCUUAUCAUCGUCUGGAUUUUUACAGAUGUAUGCUACUGACUUGUGCCGGUCAUUUUGUGAACUUUUGAAGGACAUUACUACUGAGGGUCAAGUUCAAGUUUUAAAGGUUGUGGAAAAUGUCCUAAAAGUAAACCCUGUUUUGGGUCCUCAAAUGUUUCAACCUCUUCUGCCAUCAGUAUUCAGGGGGAUUAUAGGUGGGGAGAGAUACCCAGUGGUGAUGUCUACUUAUUUGGGGAUCAUGGGUAGAGUUCUGUUACAAAAUGCAAGUUUUUUUUCGUUGCUUUUGAGCCAGAUGGCAUGUGAAUUUGGUCAGGAGUUGGACCAAACUCUUGGUAACAUGAUUGAAAUGUGGGUUGAUCGGAUGGAUAACAUCACUCAGCCUGAAAGGAGAAAACUUUCUGCUUUGGCAUUGCUUUCACUUCUGCCAUCACUGAAUAGUGUUAUCCAAGAUAAAUUUUGUGGUAUCAUCAACAUUUCAGUGGAAGGUUUGCAUGAUGUUAUGUCUGAAGAUCCUGAAACUGGAACAUACAAGGACUGCAUGUUGAUGUCUCAUUUUGAAGAGCCCAAAGUUACAGAAGAUGAGGAACCUCCCACAGAACAAGACAAAAGGAAAAAAAUGCUUGCACUGAAGGACCCUGUACACACUGUGUCAUUGCAGCAGUUCAUCUAUGAGAAGCUAAAGGCACAGCAGGAAUUACUGGGAGAACAAGGUUUUCAGGCGCUUAUGGAAACUGUGGAUACAGAAGUAGUUGCACAGCUACAAGAAUUUUUACAAGGAUUCUAAAUCAGAGGAAACAAGAUUUUAUACGUCUAAUUUUCCUUUCAAAAAACAGGAAAGAACUCUAGCCUUCCUUCUCAUAUGGAAGAGCCUACUGAAAGCUGAAAAUAACUUGUGUUAAGAAAAUAAAAAACAAGUUGUUGCUAUCAAA